AUGGCAGCCGGCGGUUGCUGCAUCCGACUUCCACCUCACUUCCAUCUUUGCUUCUUCGCCAAGAAAUUCUGUGUUUCGUCUUGUCUUCAGCAAAAUGGUUGCCUACGUACUUUGGCUCAAAUGAGCAGCUUGGCUGCUACAGUCCCAUGCAGGCCUUUAUCUUUGCCGCCUGGCUUCCAUAAACGAAUGGAACAAGAGUCUUGCAUGGGGAAGAGAAGAGAAAGAAAAGACAGCUUAAGAGUGGAAGAGGGUUUACUCUAUGCAAUCAAAACAGGAAUAUCUGGUGCAAACCAAGCAAGAGUCUGCUCAAACACAACUCAAACAAUGGGCACAUCUCCCCCCAUAAUCCAUUUACAAGUGGAUUUUUCUUCUCUGUGUGAUAUCCUGAUGGCCUCGGAGAACAUAGGUUUAGAGAUGGCUCUGCCGAACCCUUCCACGAGAAAACCGAGACCCUUUUCUCAAAAGAAGCCGAGUGGCUUGAAAAGCAAGCUUGUGACCAGCAAAACCACCAAGGACCGCCAUGCAAAGGUUGAUGGCAGAGACAGGCGCAUCAGGCUGCCGCCUGUGUGUGCUGCUAGGAUUUUCCAGCUCACUCGAGAGCUUGGGUACAAAACCGAUGGCGAGACCAUAGCAUGGCUCUUGCGCCAAGCUGAGCCAUCGAUCAUUGCAGCGACAGGCACUGGAAUCUCCUCGCCUGGUUCCACUACUCCUCCAGCUCUUUCCACCCCAACUACUGGUUUGGCUCCAUUCUCCUCUGGGCCGCUUUUGUUUUCAUCGGAUUGCUCGCCUUCUUUGACCUUUUGUGAACCGAAAGUUGUCUCUGAAAAUCAGGAUAUGGUAAAGAGGUCUGUGGUGUCGAGGGCUGAACCUGCUUUGCCACCUUUUGAGUUUGAUUUGGUUACAAACUUUGAUUUGGAAUUCUCUGCCAAUGAGAUUGCAAUGCUGCAAUCGGUGACAGGAACUCAUGGCACAGAAGGCAAAGAUUGA